AUGUCUGACGCCCAGUUCGCCCAAGCCACGGAUCUAAAGGCAUGGCAAGCCCUCGUUGAACACCACAAUAGCGUGGGACGAAACAUUGUCCUGAAGGAAGCGUUCGAAAAAGAUCCAGAUCGGUUCAAUAAAUACACACGAACUUUCAAGAACGAAGCAGAUGGCACUGAGAUUCUUUUCGACUUUUCGAAGAACUUCAUUGCCGAUGACACUCUGAAACUUUUGACUGAUCUUGCCCGAGAGGCUAAGGUUGAACAGUUGAGAGAUCGCAUGUUUGGCGGCGAGGCCAUCAACUUCACCGAGGACCGAGCCGUUUACCAUGUUGCUCUACGAAACACAAGCAAUCAACCUAUGCAGGUCAAUGGAAAGAGCGUUGUCGAGGACACAAACUCCGUGCUAGACCACAUGAAAGAGUUCUCCAACCAGGUCCGAAGUGGUGAAUGGACUGGAUACACUGGCAAGAAGAUCAAGUCCAUCAUCAACAUUGGCAUUGGAGGCUCAGAUCUCGGCCCUGUUAUGGUCUGCCAAUCAUUAAAAGCAUAUGGCGACCGAAGCCUGACCAUGCACUUCGUCUCCAACAUUGACGGCACUGAUAUCUCAGAGGCUCUGAAAGAUUCAGAUCCCGAGACGACAAUGUUCUUAAUCGCGUCCAAGACCUUCACCACUGCGGAAACUGUUACCAAUGCCAACACUGCGAAAGAGUGGUUUCUGAAGUCCGGAAAACAAGAAGAUAUCGCCAAGCACUUUGUUGCUUUGUCAACAAACAAGUCAGAAGUCGAGAAGUUUGGUAUCGACUCUAAGAAUAUGUUUGGAUUCGAAAGCUGGGUAGGUGGUCGAUACUCUGUUUGGUCUGCCAUUGGUUUGUCAGUUGCUUUAUACAUCGGCUUCGACAACUUCCAUCAGUUCCUGGCCGGCGCUCACGCUAUGGAUCAGCAUUUCAAGAAUACUCCUUUGGAGGACAACAUUCCAGUUAUUGCUGGUCUUCUCAGUGUGUGGUAUUCCGACUUCUAUGGCGCACAAACACAUCUUGUCGCACCAUACGACCAGUACAUGUCACGGUUCCCUGCUUACCUGCAGCAACUCACCAUGGAGUCUAACGGUAAGGCAGUCACUCGAAGUGGUGAUUAUGUCAAAUAUACUACUGGUGCCGUAUUCUGGGGCGAGCCAGGUACCAACUCACAGCACUCUUUCUUCCAACUUCUGCAUCAAGGCACCAAGCUUAUCCCAGCUGAUUUCAUCAUGGCUGCUAAGUCGCACAACCCAGUUUCUGGCGGCGUCCACCAAAGAAUGUUGGCUUCCAAUUUCCUGGCCCAGACUGAAGCACUUAUGCUUGGCAAAACUCCAGAGGAAGUCAAGGCUGAGGGUGCACCAGAAGACCUUGUUCCACACAAGACUUUCCUUGGCAACCGUCCAACCACAAGCAUCCUGGCUGAACAGAUUACGCCAGGUACACUCGGUGCGCUGAUCGCAUACUACGAACAUAUGGUCUUCACAGAAGGCGCCAUCUGGAACAUCAACUCAUUCGAUCAGUGGGGUGUGGAACUUGGCAAGGCCUUGGCCAAGAAGGUACAAAAAGACUUGGAGACAGACGGUGAUGCUUCUGGCCACGACGCAUCGACUUCUGGUUUGAUUGCUGCUUUCAAGGCCAAGUCAAAUAUGAAAUAG